AUGCAGCUCGUCUUUGGAGUCAACUUUGCCGAAUCGCGCCUUGUCAAGAGCGCCCUCGAGAGUUUCUACGGUGUCGGCCCUCAAAUCUCACAACGCCUCAUGGCUCGCCUGUCUAUCCACAACACUGCAAGACUCCAGGGUCUAGGUCACCGCACCGUCAACGACCUCUCGGCCGAACUCCAGAACUUGACCAUCGAGAACAACCUGAGGAGGAAAUUGCAAGACAACAUCAAGCGUUUAAGAGAUAUGGGAACAUACAGAGGAAGACGUCACGCUAUGAGUCUGCCCGUCCGUGGUCAGAGAACCCGCACACAGGUUUGUUCACAUUACAUCUUGUUUGUCAGUCCAAAACUGACGCUCUGUCAAGNNAUCGCAACAGCCAGAAAGUUGAACAGAGUCGUUCGCAGAGGAUAA